AUGGUCAAUGUUUGGGAGUUUACUAAAGAGAAGUUCAUAGGGUGUCUUACCAUUAAGAACUUUGGUGGGCAUCCAAUUGACCAGGUCCUGGAUAAGGAUUUGAUGUCUUCGUCCAUUUAUGGUUCGCGGGAGCAUUACUUUCCAUCUGAUUCUGGGGCUCACUCUGAGCAAGAAAAAAUCAGAUUCUAUGAAAUUCAGUUUCUCGAAAUUCAGCAAGCAACAAAUGAUUAUCAGGGGAUAUUACUCGGAGAGGGUGGAUUUGGUCGUGUAUUUAAGGGCCAACUUAAAGAUGGGACGAUGAUUGCAGCAAAGGUACGAAAAGAUGCAAGUUGCCAAGGGAGAACCUUAACAUUUUGUUAUGAGUAUUCUGCAACAAGUCUCUACAUGGCAUUUAUUCGGUAUGUUGCUCCAGAAUAUGCAGAGAAUGGAAUAGUUUCAGUGAGGACGGAUGCUGAACCAUUGAUUGAGGAACGUGCGUUACACAUGAACUCAUCGAUUCUCGUAUCGAAGAUUCAGAUAAUACAUAUGAAAUAUAUGUUAUGGCUAAAACGGCUGGCUUAUGGUGGGCGCCUUCUUGAAGGGGAAACAAUUUGUGUAAUCAUACAUAGCCAUCAUGCGGAAGAUACAGUGCUUCUUAAUUUGUGUUUUGGUGAUAGUAUUACAUGUUUCUCCUUUGCUGUAUAUACAAUAUCGUCUGCUGUUACUGUUCUGGGGCCAUUGAUUUGGUGUCUCCUGGUCAGCAUUGAAGUUAAAGUUACUGCUGGAACGCCCCUUAAGAAGGUUAUUGUGCAAGAGGUUUUAGCGUGUAAAGCAACUUGGGUUAUACUUGAUAGGCAUCUGAGAAGAGAUCAGGGGUUCUAUCUGAGACAAAUACCUUCAAAGCUUGCAUUAAUUCAAGAUAGCUUGGAUGUGGAAAUCUUGAGAUCUAAGACAACAAAUGAAACAGAUGCACUUAUAGAGCACAAGUUGUUUAACUCCAUGUCAAAAUCAGUUCCCCAACCUAAUACUCAACCUGCAGAAAAUGCUGAUCAGCAGUCUAUCUCCAGUAUUAAGAGCUAUCUUCAAAUCCACAGGUCCUUGGAUAGCGAUUUGAUGUCUUCGUCCAUUUAUGGUUCGCGGGAGCAUUACUUUCCAUCUGAUUCUGGGGCUCACUCUGAGCAAGAAAAAUCAGGUCCGCAACUUUCUUCACCUUCUCAGAGGAUAAAAAUUCCACAGCAUAAGAAUCACUUGCGAAAGAGAUCUUCAGGAGCUCCACUUCUUUGUGCUACAUGUGGGCUGAGGACUGAGUUGUAUAUCAAAGAUUCUAUGAAAUUCAGUUUUCUCGAAAUUCAGCAAGCAACAAAUGAUUUAUCAGGGGAUAAUUUACUUGGAGAGGGUGGAUUUGGCCGUGUAUUUAAGGGCCAACUUAAAGAUGGACAGAUGAUUGCAGCAAAGGUACGAAAAGAUGCAAGUUGCCAAGGGUUUGCAGAAUUUCACUCUGAGGUGUAUGUCCUCAGUUUUGCACGCCACAAGAACAUUGUGAUGCUUUUGGGUUAUUGUUGCAGGGAGAACCUUAACAUUUUAGUUUAUGAGUAUAUCUGCAACAAGUCUCUACAUUGGCAUUUAUUCGAUAGUACAACUGUUCUUGAGUGGCACCAAAGGCAUGCUAUUGCCAUUGGAACUGCAAAGGGUUUGCGUUUUCUACAUGAAGAAUGCCGCGGAGCUCCUAUAAUUCAUCGCGACGUGCGUCCAGGCAAUAUACUUCUCACACAUGACUUUGUUCCUAUGCUAGGUGACUUUGGCCUUGCACGAUGGAAGUCAACUGAGGAUCCAGUUCAGACCAAAAUACUUGGCACUUUGGGGUAUGUUGCUCCAGAAUAUGCAGAGAAUGGAAUAGUUUCAGUGAGGACGGAUGUCUAUGCAUUUGGCAUAGUUUUGAUACAAUUAUUAUCAGGACGCAAGGUGUUUGAUACAAAUAGAGAAGAAGAACAACCAUCUCUGAGAGAAUGGGCUGAACCAUUGAUUGAGGAACGUGCGUUACAUGAACUCAUCGAUUCUCGUAUCGAAGAUUCAGAUUAUACAUAUGAAAUAUAUGUUAUGGCUAAAACGGCUGGCUUAUGUAUAAAAAGGAACCCUGAAAUGAGGCCAUCCAUGGGAGAGGUGGUGCGCCUUCUUGAAGGGGAAAACAAUUUGUGUAAUCAUACAUAGCCAUCAUGCGGAAGAUACAGUGCUUCAUUAAUUUGUGUUUUGGUGAUAGUAUUACAUGUUUCUCCUUAGCU